AUGCAGGAUGGUGUAAGAUUAUUUGUGGGUCUGCCUUUAGAUGCAGUUUCUAAAGACUGCAAUUCACUAAACCAUGCUAGAGCAAUUACAGCUGGUCUAAAAGCUUUGAAGUUAUUAGGAGUUGAAGGUGUUGAGCUCCCUGUUUGGUGGGGAAUUGUUGAGAAAGAUGCUGCAGGAAAAUAUGACUGGUCUGGCUAUCUUGCUAUUGCUGAGAUGGUUCAGAAGGUGGGUCUUAAGCUCCAUGUGACACUUUGCUUUCAUGGAUCUACAAAACCCAAUAUCCCCUUGCCCAAUUGGGUUACCCGGAUUGGCAAGUCUCAACCCAAUAUUUACUUCAAGGAUCGGUCAGGACAGCAUUACAAAGAGUGCCUGUCGCUGGCAGUUGAUGGGAAGACUCCAAUUCAAGUGUAUCAGAGUUUCUGCGAGAGCUUCAAGUCUUCGUUCUCUCCCUUCAUGGGCUCUACAAUUACUGGCAUAUCGAUGGGUUUAGGACCAGAUGGUGAGCUACGUUAUCCAUCUCACCAUCAUCUCUCAAGUGAUGGUAAAACUCAAGGAGUUGGGAAGUUCCAGUGUUAUGACCAAAACAUGCCUAGCGUUCUCAUUACCUAUGAUCAGCCACCGUUCUCCAGUUUCUUCACGGAUGGGGCUUCUUGGGAGUCUCCAUACGGGGACUUCUUUCUUUCAUGGUAUUCCAAACAGCUUAUGGCUCAUGGAGAUAGCAUCCUUUCAUUAGCUUUCGACACUGGAGUGACAGUGUAUGGAAAAAUCCCACUUAUGCACUCUUGGUAUGGAACUAGAUCCCAUCCUUCCGAGCUAACAGCAGGGUUCUAUAACACGGCUAAGGGGGAUGGGUAUGAGCCAGUGGCCGAGUUGUUUGCUAGGAACUCGUGCAAAAUGAUACUACCUGGAAUGGACCUGUCCGAUGCAUACCAGCCAAAUGAAACCCGUUCAAGCCCUGAGUUGCUUCUUGCACAAAUCAUGGCAGCUUGCAAAAAGCAUGGCGUGCAAGUUCUGGGAGGUUUUGAACAAAUCAAGAAGAAUUUAGGUGGAGAUAAUGUAUUGGACUUGUUCACAUAUCAAAGAAUGGGAGCAUAUUUCUUUUCUCCAGAUCAUUUUCCAUCAUUCACUGAAUUUGUGAGGAGCCUUAAUCAACCGGAACUGCACUCUGAUGAUCUACCAAUUGCCGGAGAAGAAGAAGGCACUCAAUCUAUGAUUACGAGCCAAGAAUCAAGCGUUAGCAUGCAAGCAGCCUAACCAUUAUUGUACCUUUUGCGAUGUUGAUAGUCUCAUGUAUAUAUACCAAUUUAUUAUUCCUGCAACAGAUUUGAGGACAGCUUAUUUUGUAAGAUGAGUGAGUGAGGUUGCCUAUUUAUUAUAACCUCAACAAGCCUAGUUCCAUGACAAUUAUGUGUCUUGUAAAAUAGUCAAGGUGAAUGGCAAAUGACCUUGCUAGUCAAUAUAUUAUUAUUUGGCUUAAAAACAUUUUAUAUGGUAGAAGUAAUACUUUAUCUUCACUAA